GUGGCAGCACCGCCAGGAGCUGCACGUCCAAGCCUUUGCGCAAGAGGCUUUUGCAGCUAAUUCGCGCUGGGAAUUGCGUGAUGCCGAAGGCGCUGCAGGAUGUCGGGGCUGCUCUCACCUGCCUCCAGCUCCUGCUGCUUGUCACCAGCGUGGAGCUGAGGCCCCACACGUGGGAUGCGGACAGGAUCCAGCUGGAAGACACCAAAAGGGGGAUCCUGGAGAGGUUGGGAAUGCCGGCACCCCCCGUGAUCCGGCACCGGCUGGACCAGGAGAGCAUCCGGAGGGCACAGCAGCUCUACCAGCACACAGUGGACGAGCUGAUGCGGAACCGGAGCCGGGAGGAGGGGGAAGGAGCCGUGCCCGGGACCAGGCGCCUGCAUCGCCUGACCCCCACAUUGCUGCGCCGGCCGGACCUGCCCCGGGAGCACCGGCACCCGCCGGGGUACCGGGACGCCCCCGGUCCCUACCGCUACCACUUCCUGCUCUCCCGCACCGAGGCUUUCCACCGGCAGCUCCGGGUGGUGCAGGCGGAGCUGAAGCUCUUCAAGCCGGGAUCCCUUGGGAUGGCCCCGCUCGACGCCUCGGUGCCCCCCCGCGUCAGCAUCUACAGUGUGGGGGGGGCUCAGGGGACCCCCCAGCUCCUGCAGAGGCAAGAGCUGGACCGGGAUGCUCCAAGCUUGGACCUCACGGCGGCCGUUCAGCCCUGGGCUGCCGGUCCCGAGGACACGCUGCGCCUGGAGCUGCUCUUCACCGCAGACAUCUCAGCCUUGCUGCCCUCCUCGGAGGAGACGCUGCUGCUGGAGGUGGAAACCCACGAGCCCGGGGGCCGGGGGGCCCGGAGAGCCCGGGGGCUGGAGGAGGAAUGCGGGAAGAGCGAUGGGAAGUGCUGCCUGAAGUCGCUCAAGGUUUCCUUCCAGGACAUCGGCUGGUCGGACUGGAUCAUCGCCCCCAACAGCUACUACAUGAGGUUCUGCGAAGGGUCCUGCCCCCACAACUACAAGCCGGCCAGCAUGCACGCCCAGAUCAAAGCCCGCAUGCACUCCCUGUCCAAAGCCACCCCCCCGCCCUGCUGCGUCCCCGCCGGCUACGACCCCAUGGUGCUGAUGCACUACAACAGCGAGGGCAGGCUGGUCUCCACGCUCUUCGAGGACAUGCUCGUCACCAAGUGCCACUGUGCCUGAUGGCAUCGCCUCCAGCUCCCACUGUGCCCUGCCACCACUGGGCAGAGCCUCCCGGCAGCUCCAGCAUCCCCAAACCCAGACCCCACGGCACGAAAUGCCUCCGUGCUGGCAUCGGCUGCACCAUCCAGCUCAUCCCCAGGGUCUCCGGUUGUGACCCCCCCUCCACAGGCCAUGUUAUUCCUGCCUCUUGUUCCUUAUUUAAAACACAUUUUAUUUGGGAAGUGGAUCCUUCCCACCCAAGAGACCCCAAAACAGGCCAAGGUGGGUCUGUCCUGGGUGGCCACAGCACACCCCUUGUCUGAGCAUCAUCUCUUCUCUGCUUAGAGACUUAUUUAUACAACCCUCUUAUUUAUUACUAACUUAUUGUAUUUUAUAGCAAAGCACCUUUCUGGGGAAAAGGUGGGGGUUUUUUGUGUAUUUUCUAUUUUAUAUAUUUCUAUAAACCAGAAUAAUGGGAAUGAAUAAAGAGAUGGGAACAGGGA